AUGCCUCUCAAUGAGAGUACUACCAUGCAGCAAUUCGUCAACAGUCGUACAUCCGCGGUUCAGCCAACACGACCAGACAAGCGACCUUUGACGCCCCAGCCUAACCCGAGCCGUGAACGAGCUCUGCAGCGUCAGGAUGAUUCCCGCCGCAAGGCCCAAUCCGCGAGCCGCAACAAAGAGAGUAAUGAACCACUCAGCCGAGAAGAAGCGGCCAAGUUGAAGAUCGACGUCCCUGAUAUGCGGCCCAAGUCGAAGCUCGCCCAAGUUACGCAGUCCAAUGCUGUCCAGCGUCCAGCUGCACCUCCAUAUACCAUAUUUACCGAGCGUAUCUCAGGGAUGGAUUCGCGGCCCAGUGCGUUUGACGAUACUCAGAGCAUACACUAUGAUGACUCAAUGAGCGUGACCGAUGUACAAUUUCCUUUCUCCUACGGCCAGGGUCGGAACAGUCCACGUCUGGGCAGUGCUGGCCCGCCCAUUCCUUCUUUUCCUACCAUCCAGCGAGAGAUGGCAGCAGAAGAUAAACAGGGGAUCGGACAACCCGGAGGCUGGAUGGAUGAAGUCGACGCCGAAAUGGAACGUCAUGGUAUGGCCCCAAAAUACGGCACGCGCUUUAAACACAAUCUAUACGCGGUGCGCCCUGCCGAGGAUGACUACGAUGACGGGUCGGAACACGACUGUGGUAUGGAUGAAGGGACGUUCCUCAUUGAAAACACUCCUUCACGGACAAGGGUGGUUCCCGACCACUCGACUGCUGUAAAGCCUCGCUCAGAAGCUCUGACGAAGCCCGUGAAGGCCGAAGAAGCAGCAGGCCAGCCUCUGCCCAGACACAGAAAGUCGCUAAGCGACGUAAACCAGAUGACCACUGCGCAGCCCCUUCUUCGUCCACAGCUUGCGCGUGAUCGUUUCCACGUGCACAAGUCACAAGAAUCAACAGCUGGCAUCGAACGAUCCGGGACGCCGCAACAGCAACUCCAUGCUCCUCAGCCACGUCCACCGCAGGUGCAAGCACCAGCGUUCUCAUCCAAAGUCUCUUCUUACCACGAAUCCUCGUCCGAGGAGGAUCAACCGGUUCCACAGCCGCCUGUAUCUGAGUCUCCACGACCGGGCACCAAACGUCCACCACCUCCCGCCCGUGAUCUAGACUUCGACCCGGAAGAGCUCAGCAAUAAAACCAUAGCCGAGCUUGACAGCAUCCCAUUUCCCACAGAUCCGCGCCUCCCCAAUCCGUCACCCGUCAUGGAUAGCAACGGCCAACCCUUAACCCUUCCCGCCAAACUCACGAAUCUGACGAAGAUGCGGCCCGAGGAUCAAGCCACGCUGUUCAAAUCGCUCGGCGACACAGAGAGGGAACAGACAGCGGAAUGGUUCCUCGAGAAAAUCCGCGAAGACAUCGUCGACUUGAUGGACAUAAGAGUCCAACGGCGGAAGGUUGCAUUAAAGUUCGAAAUGGAGGUGAAGAAGAGGGAACAGCAGGUCCGCGUGAAGAAAGGGGACGUCGAAGAGGAGCUGGCCGGCUUGAAGAAAGGAGGCACCGAGUUGGUCAGAGGCAAGAGCCCUGCGAAAUGA